AUGGAUAAUUAUUGUUCUCCCCAAUAUGUAGAUUUUACAUCUAAUUUAGAAGAGUUAUCAGACGAUUAUUUUAACAAAGAUCAUGGAAGUGACAAAUCUGAAGAAUGCGUAAAAAUACCAGAAAUCAAAAUAACGUUAUGUGAUGAAAAAGAAUAUUUAUCAAAAAAAAUUGUUGAAGAAACUAAGGAAUCUAUAAUUACCGAAGAAAUUACUGAUGAAAUAGCUAAUGAAGUUGCUGAAAAAACUGCUCAGGAAUUUACUGAAGAAAUUAUUAAAGAAACUACUAAAGAAUCCAUGCAAUUGGAAUGUACACCAAAUGUUGUUACUAGUUUAGAAACUGAAUUAGAUAUUAUCAAGAAUACACCGAUAAAAUUAAUAUAUAGUUCUUGUUCUUCGACUCAGGGUAGUAGUAAAUCUAAACUUGUUCAAAAAGUAACAUACAAUGAUGUCAUGCAAGAAGCUAUAGAAGUCUUACAAAAUUUAGUAAUAACACCAUCAAAUGUAUUCAAAAAGCCAAUGUCGACAAAAAAUGAACCAUCAAAAUGUUUAAUAUCUCAAGAUGAUAAUAAUCAAAUCGACUGCACAUCCAACAAACUAUCUGAUGAAAAAAUACAAAUGUUAUCUACUUCUGAACGCGAAAUUUAUGCAACACCACAAAAAGAUAUGUUUGAUAGUGAUAUAUCGCCAAUAAAUAUAUUGACACAAGCUGAGCAUGAACAAAAAUUAGAUUUGAACAAUUCAACACAAUUAUUAAAUGUCGAUACGCCUAGUGAAAUAAAUCAAUCUAAAUUAUCGAUGGAAAGCAGCAACAGUAAGAAACAGUCGAAAAAAUUAAGUUUUCAAUGUAGAAGACAGAGCCUUAAAAUUCGUAGAAAUUCAAAUAAAUAUAUCAGUUUAGCAGCAGCUGUUCUUCAGUUUCAGAAUAACACUCCGGAACGAUUUCGUACCAAAAGCAUAAGAAAACAAAAAGAAUUGAAGUUGGGCGUAUCAAAAGAUAAUCAAUUGAAAUUAAAAUCUGUUCUGCUAAUAAAGUAUCUAAGGAUAAAAAUGUUCCUUCCACGAUUGGAAACGCUAAGUCAAGAAGAUCUUGUAUAG